AUGCAAAUUGUUAUUAAACCGGUCGGCCAGCUGGGAAGCCCACAGAUGGAGUGGUACAGGCACACAGUCCGUUUGGAUCGGGUUCGAGAAGCUCGCAAGCACGACAGCCGAAGUCCAUCCUUUGUGAACUGGCAACUUGACGUGUGUGAUUUUUACAUUUCGUGCUUCUUCCCUUUACAUGUUGGAACCAGAAUUGAGGUAACUAAGGUCGCCUAUAAAUCUAUCCGGCCCGUUUGCCUCUGCUUGUCCGAAUUUCAACCAAAUUGA